UUUGAGCGAGCCUCCAUGCUGGUGAUCCUGCUGAACUGUGUCACCCUGGGGAUGUUCCAACCCUGUGAGGACCACACCUGUGAGUCAGAACGAUGCAAGAUUCUGGAGGAUUUUGAUGACUUUAUCUUUGCGUUCUUUGCGGUGGAGAUGGUCAUCAAGAUGGUGGCGCUCGGCAUCUUUGGCAAGAAGUGUUAUCUAGGAGACACCUGGAACAGACUCGACUUCUUCAUCGUGCUGGCCGGGAUGCUGGAGUAUUCUCUGAACCUGCAGAAUGUCAGUUUCUCGGCAGUGAGAACAGUUCGAGUUCUGAGACCCCUCCGAGCCAUCAACAGAGUGCCUAGUAUGCGUAUCCUGGUGACCCUGCUCUUGGACACACUGCCCAUGCUGGGGAACGUCCUGCUGCUCUGUUUCUUCGUCUUCUUCAUCUUCGGCAUCGUGGGUGUUCAGCUGUGGGCGGGGCUACUGAGGAACCGCUGCUUCCUGCCCGAGAACUUCUCACUUCCUCUGUCCAUUGAACUAGAGACCUACUACCACACAGAGAACGAUGACGAGAGUCCCUUCAUCUGCUCCAUGCCCAGGGAGAACGGAAUGCGCCUGUGUUCCUCUGUGCCCACCCUGUAUGAGGAGGGAGGUCUCCAGUGUCAGAUGGACAUGAAUUCCUACAACAGCACAGACAACACCACCUGUAUCAACUGGAACCAGUACUACAGUAACUGCUCGGCGGGACACGUCAACCCCUUCAAAGGAGCCAUCAACUUUGAUAACAUCUGCUACGCCUGGAUCGCCAUCUUUCAGGUGAUCACCCUGGAGGGAUGGGUGGACAUCAUGUACUUUGUGAUGGAUUCUCACUCCUUCUACAACUUCAUCUACUUCAUCCUCCUCAUCAUCAUUGGAUCUUUCUUCAUGAUCAACCUGUGUCUGGUCGUCAUCGCCACCCAGUUCAGUGAGACCAAGCAGAGGGAGAGCCAGCUGAUGAGGGAACAGCGCAUCCGUUUCCUGUCCAAUGCUAGUACCCUGGCCUCCUUCUCUGAGCCGGGCUCCUGCUACGACGAGCUGCUCAAACUCCUGGUCCACGUCAUCCACAAGGGGUUCAGGCAGGUGAGCCAUGUCUGCCGGGCCAUGAUGCGCCGUGCUGGGAUGAACAUCGCAGCCUCUCCUCCUGCCCUGGAGAGAGAGAGAGGGAACGGGAGCCAGAGAAAGAGGAGGAAGUCUUCGAGACAGGGUUCUGUGGUCUCCACAAAAGGGGCUAUGUCCGUUCAUUACUUGGUUCACCAACAUCACCAUCAUCAUUAUCACUAUCACUUAGUGAACGGGAGUGAGGAAGUGGAGAUGGGUUCCCAUAGCAACAACGGGAGCACUGGACGUUUCAUGCUGGGUCCUCUUCCGUUGCCGACCUCUGACCUGAACUUGGCAAACGUGGUGUCUUCGGCCAAUCCCGCUCUGGGAACCGGCAGUGGCAACUCGUCAUCAGUUCGGAGUACGUUACACACAGACUGCCACCUGGAGCCCAGCACCCCCACCCUCCUCGCCUCCACCCCCUUCUCCCUGGAACCUACGCCCAUGUCCAGGCCUAUGAAGAGGAACUCGGUGCCGUUCACUGGUCCCAGACCCAAAAACUACCCCACCCUACAGCCCAACACGCUAAUGGAGUUUAGAAGUGGCAGUGUUACAACUAAUACCAUUAGUAAUAUAAACCUCAAUAUACCCUCUCUACCCCUGGAGAGAGGACCACCAAGUGUGUUAGACGCACACACACCCACAGCCCAGCUCUCACCACAUGACCUGAGGGCCAUCGGAACCCUGGACCCCUCGUUCACCUUUGACCCCGAGUCGUGCCCCUACUGUGUCAAGGCUCUGUCCGGGGAGUCAGAAGGCACAGACGGAAAUGAGACCCCCGGGGAAUCAGACAGCGAGGGCAUCUACGAGUUCACCCUGGACCUCCACCACAGGGACCGCAGGGACAGUCGGGACAGCCGUCAGCCCAGGAAGAGGCAGCGAAAGCUGGGUACCACGGUGGGGAGAGUGGUCCGGGCCUGGAGGCUGGUGUGUGAUACAUUUAGGAAGAUAGUGGACAGCAAGUAUUUUGGAAGAGGAAUCAUGAUCGCCAUUCUGAUUAAUACACUGAGUAUGGGGAUUGAGUAUCACGAACAGCCUGAUGAGCUGACCAAUGCUUUGGAGAUCAGUAACAUAGUCUUCACCAGUCUAUUUGCCUUGGAGAUGUUACUCAAGGUGCUGGUGUAUGGCCCGUUUGGUUACAUCAAAAACCCUUACAACAUCUUCGACGGAGUCAUAGUGGUCAUCAGUGUAUGGGAGAUCGUGGGCCAGCAGGGCGGUGGUCUGUCUGUGUUGCGUACCUUCAGACUGAUGCGCGUGUUGAAGCUGGUGCGCUUCAUGCCCGCUCUGCAGAGGCAGCUGGUGGUGCUGAUGAAGACCAUGGACAACGUGGCCACCUUCUGUAUGCUACUCAUGCUCUUCAUCUUCAUCUUCAGUAUAUUGGGCAUGCAUCUGUUUGGCUGUAAGUUUGGAUCAGAGAGAGAUGGAGACACUCUACCAGAUAGGAAGAACUUUGACACUCUGCUCUGGGCCAUCGUCACCGUGUUUCAGAUCCUAACUCAGGAGGACUGGAACAAGGUUCUCUAUAAUGGUAUGGCCUCCACCACUCCUGUGGCCGCUCUCUACUUCAUCGCCCUCAUGACCUUUGGGAACUACGUCCUCUUCAACCUUCUGGUGGCCAUUUUGGUUGAGGGCUUCCAGACUGAGGGAGAAGACUCCAAGUCAGUGUCAGAGGCUGAUUUAUCAUCGAGGAUGGAGGACAUGAACGGCAGUGGAAAGGAUGUGUCUGGCUCCCCGGUCCCUAUAAACGGUCAUGUUGACCUGAAGACCAGUCUGACCCCUCCUCUGAUCACCCACACUGCUGCCACCCCCAUGCCCGUUCCCAAGCUGCCCUCCGUGGUUGACCCUGCUCCGGGCUAUGAGUCCCAACGCGGCAGCAACGUCUCCAUGGACCUAGCCUGCUACGACAAGUCUCCGACCAGUGCCCGUAGCACCUCCCCUUAUGCCCCGUGGAGCUCCGCCUCUGGCUGGACCAGCCGUAGAUCAAGCUGGAACAGUGUAGGCCGUGCUCCUUCGCUCAAACGAACAAAGCGUCAGUCUGGCGAACGGCAGUCGCUCCUCUCUGGAGAGGGUGGGUCCAGUUCAGAGGAUGAUGAGGAGGGAGGAGGGGGGACAUCGGAGGGAGAUGAUGUGUCCCUCUGUCGUACCGACUCCAUGUCCCAGUCCCAACACCUACACAGGAGGAUGGAGUCUGUAGAGACCAGGGGGUCCAUAGACCUGGCCCCUGACAUACUGCUACAGGUGCCCUUCCUGUAUCGCUCAGCCAGUAUACACAGCUCCAGACCCCCCUUGCUAGGAGGCCUGAGAGCCCCAGAACGCAGUGACUGUAAUGGGAAAGGCACUCCGGCCCAGACACAGCUCUCCCUCGAGGACAACACAGAGGACGAAGCGGCAGAGGAGGAGGUUGUGGGUCGUGUCGCCAGGCUGUCACGCUGGCUGGAGAGGAAACAGCCAGAGUGGUGUCGAAAGAGAGAUACCUGGUCCCUGUACAUAUUUCCCCCAGACUCCAGGUUUCGAAUGGCGUGCAACAAGAUAAUAUCCCACAAGAUGUUUGACCAUGUCGUUCUGGUCAUCAUCUUCCUCAACUGCAUCACCAUCGCCAUGGAGAGACCUAGAAUAGAGGCAUAUAGCGUGGAGCGCAUCUUCCUCACGUUAUCCAACUACAUAUUCACAGCGAUCUUUGUGGCAGAGAUGACAGUAAAGGUGGCUGCGCUGGGCUGGUUGUUUGGUGAUAAGGCCUACCUGAGGAGUAGCUGGAACCUUCUAGACGGGUUGCUGGUGAUGAUCUCAGCCAUAGACAUCCUUGUCUCAUUGGUGUCCAACAGCAGCCCCAAGAUACUGGGUAUGCUCCGGGUGCUGCGCCUGCUACGGACACUCAGGCCACUACGUGUGAUCAGCAGGGCCCCAGGUCUGAAGCUGGUAGUGGAGACUCUGAUGUCGUCUCUAAAGCCCAUAGGGAACAUUGUGGUAAUCUGCUGUGCCUUCUUCAUCAUCUUUGGUAUCCUGGGAGUACAGCUCUUCAAGGGGAAGUUCUUUGCGUGUCAGGGAGAGGACGUGAGAAACGUCACUAACAAGUCAGACUGUAUGAUGGCCAACUACAAGUGGGUCAGACAGCAGUACAACUUUGACAACCUGGCACAGGCUCUGAUGUCUCUGUUUGUGCUGGCCUCUAAGGAUGGUUGGGUUGAUAUCAUGUAUGAUGGAUUAGAUGCAGUCGGAGUCAACCAACAGCCGCAGCUGAACCACAACCCCUGGAUGCUCCUGUACUUCAUCUCCUUCCUGCUCAUCGUCAGCUUCUUCGUGCUCAACAUGUUCGUGGGCGUGGUGGUGGAGAACUUCCACAAGUGUCGUCGCAGCCAGGAGGCCGAGGAGGCCAAGCGCAGGGAGGAGAAGAGACUGAAACGGAUGGAGAAAAAGAGACGGAAAGCUCAGAGUAAGCCUUACUACUCGGAUUACUCCCCCACACGUCUCCUCAUCCACAACAUGUGUACCUCCCAGUAUCUGGACCUCUUCAUUACCGUCGUCAUCGGACUCAACGUCAUCACUAUGGCGAUGGAACACUACCAGCAGCCCAAGGAGUUGGACGAGGCGCUGAAGAUCUGCAACUACAUCUUCACCCUCAUCUUCGUCCUGGAGUCUGUCUUCAAGCUGGUGGCCUUCGGCUUACGACGCUUCUUCAAGGACAGGUGGAACCAGCUGGACCUGGCCAUAGUGUUGCUGUCCAUCAUGGGCAUCACUCUGGAGGAGAUUGAGGUCAACGCAUCCCUGCCCAUCAACCCUACUAUCAUCAGGAUCAUGAGAGUACUGAGGAUAGCAAGAGUGCUGAAGCUACUGAAGAUGGCAGUGGGGAUGAGAGCGUUGCUGGACACAGUCAUGCAGGCCCUGCCUCAGGUGGGGAAUCUGGGUCUUCUCUUCAUGCUGCUCUUCUUUAUCUUUGCAGCACUGGGAGUUGAAUUGUUUGGUGACCUCAUUUGUGAUGAGCUGCACCCGUGUGAGGGUUUGGGGCGUUAUGCUACGUUCAAGAACUUUGGCAUGGCCUUCCUACUGCUGUUCAGAGUUUCCACAGGAGACAACUGGAACGGCAUAAUGAAGGACACCCUGAGAGACUGUCAACAGGAGAAUGCAGGCACCUGUUACAACACGGUGGUCUCCCCCAUCUACUUCGUCUCCUUUGUGUUGACAGCCCAGUUUGUCCUGGUCAACGUGGUCAUAGCCGUUCUCAUGAAGCACCUGGAGGAGAGCAACAAAGAGGCCAAGGAGGAGGCAGAGCUGGAGGCUGAACUACAGCUGGAGCUCCAGCAUGGAGGAGGGGGAGGCAGCGGGAGAUCACCCCAGCUAAGCCCUCUGGACUUGGGCAUGGAGGUGGGCGGACCUGGUGUCCCCCCCUGGAGGUCUCCAGAGAGGAUCCAGAGGAGGGCCAGCGUGAUGGUGGAUUCUCCCCAAGCAGAUAUCACCUCAAGAGACAUCAGCUCUGAUCCCCUGCUAGUCCUGGAGCCACCACUAGAGAUGGAGUUACUCGAUCCUGGGGAGUCGUUGGAAGACAACCUGCUAAGAGUACGGAAGUCAACAGUGGGGCGCACCCACUCCCUACCCAAUGACAGCUAUAUGUUCCUGUCUCAGGAGCCCUGUGGGUCCCCAGGAGCCAGCCUGGCCCCUGGUUUAGCCUCACAGACACAGACUACAGGACCACAGCACAUACAGACCAUCAACAAGACCCUGUCAGGCUCAUGUACCUCGCUACGGACCCAACCAGACGACAGACCCAGCAGUCCUCACAGCCUUUCACACUCCCAGAGUAUACACACACUCCCAGAGUAUACACACACUCCCAGAGUAUACACAAACUCCCAGAGUAUACACAAACUCCCAGAGUAUACACACACUCCCAGAUCCUCCAUGUUGCUUCCCUCUCCUCUUCCUCUUCCUUGCCCUCCCAUCUUCAUCAGCAGCCUGCUCGCCAGUUGGUCCCUGCCACCCCAGGGGCAUCCCCUCAACCGUCGCGCCCCAGGAGUGACCACACCCAGCACCCCUAUUCCCACUCCUUACCCCCUCCUCCCCUUCCUCCCACUCGCCCCUGGAGACAGGAAGAGGCCUCGGCUCAUCACCAGGGCGGGGCUGGCAGGGAUUGACGAUGUCAUCGGGGUUGGACUGGGGUCAGAGGACGGAGGUCUCGAGGGCAGUUACAAAGGUUACUGGGUUGGCCGUGGUGGGGGGCAGUUGAAGAGGUUCCACAGUGCUGACACCCAGGGGCGGAGGGUCCUUGCGCCCCGGUCACGCCCCCUGUCCUGGUUGGACGAUCCUCGUCGUCACUCAGUGGAGGUGUGUUCGUCUGUAGAGUCCAGCCCCCAGCGCAGCACCACAUCCUCGGGGUUCGUCUCCCGAGCAGAUACCCUCCAGAUGCAUUCCCAGACCACCACCCUGCCCUCUCCCCGACGCAAGAAAAAAAUGAGCCCCCUGUGUAUCUCCGGACCCCCCGAUGGACUGGAGCCCCGGUCCGGCCUCCACCCUGCCCCGGGGGGGAGGGGCCUGGGGAUGCCACCUCCCUUACAUGGCCGGGAUACCUCCUGUCUAAGGAGACGGGCACCCUCCAGUGACUCCAAGGACUCCUUUGACCUGGGGGUAGGGGAGGGCCUGGGGCUUGGGCUGUGCCAGGAGGGAGGUGGGUCCAACCCCAAUCCCAAGCUGUUGACUCUGCUGAGCUUCUCCUUCGAGAAAACAAGCUCUGAGCACUGAACACUGACAAAAACACUGAUGUAAACACAAACACUUAUGUACACACACACAGAAAGGAACGAUACACACAUGCACAUAGGCAAACAGCCACACAUCCAAACACACGAUGCACUUGGUAUCCGUGAUGAUGGUAGUCCUAGUAAUAAUGCCGUAGAGAGUAAAUAUGGUAAAACUACAACAAAGCGGUCAAAUCAACCUUGUUUUUUUUUGAAGAUCAGUGCAGUACAGUCGUAGUUUGACCAUUCCUUGUCUUUCCAAAACAACAAGAACGCAACAAUAACACAGCAUAAACAGAGAAACAAGAUGACUGAUUCUCUUCCACCAUGCCUGCAAGCCAUUGGCUGCCGGUUGACCCCAUGACCUCUGGAGUGAUGUCAGCACCAAGGACUUUGGAUAGCAACCCCUAUGGCCGCUAUAGGUACUGCUCGGUGUUAGUGGGACUUCACCCUCACACGAACAGUGGAGGUACAAAGCAAUAUGAACGUUUUUGAGACUAUUUUUCUUAAAUUAUUGGGCCAUAGUGUUUGUACAGAUGUAUAAUUGUUUUAUUUCAUUAUAUUUUGACUUUUUGUGAUGGAUUAACUUUAUCCUCCCUGUUUGUUUCAAUGUUGAAAAUAAUUGUUGGUUUGGUCCGUUUUGUUCAAUUUUUUCACCAUAGAGAUAUUUUGUAGCUUUUUUAAUUUGCUGAAAGAAAGUGAAUUAAGUGCUGAGAAUCAUGUAUUUGAAGGAAUAUAUAUAUAUAUAUAUAUAUAUAUACAUACAUGUGCAGUGCCUUCGGA